AUGGAGCAUGAGAUUGACAGACGGAUCGUCAAAAGACACUGCUGUGAUGAUUGCGAGCAAGUCUUCACCACUUCAUCAAACCUGAAGAUCCAUAGGAAAACUCACACUGGAGAUAAGCCUUACAGAUGUGAUCAGUGUGGAGCGGCUUUUGCCGUGAAAAAUAAUCUUACGAGACAUCAACGUAUUCACACUGGAGACAAGCCUUACAGAUGUGUGCAGUGUGGAGCGGCUUUUGCCGUGAAAAAUAAUCUUACGAGACAUCAACGUAUUCACACUGGAGACAAGCCUUACAGAUGUGAUCAGUGUGGAGCGGCUUUUGCCCGGCAAGGUGAUUUGACGACUCACCAACGUAUUCACACUGGAGACAAGCCUUACAGAUGUGAUCACUGCGGGGUGGCUUUUACCCGACAAUUUCAUUUAAUAACCCACCAACGUAUUCACACUGGAGAAAAGCCUUAUAGAUGUGAUCAGUGUGGAGCAGCUUUUGCCCAGCAAAGUGCCCUAAUUCGUCACCGACAUAUACACACUGGGGAAAAGCCUUACAGAUGUGAUCAGUGUGGACUGGCUUUUGGCGGGCAAGAUUAUUUGACGACUCACCAACGUUUUCACACUGGAGACAAGCCUUACAGAUGCGAUCAGUGUGGAGUGGCUUUUGCCCAACAAGGUGAUCUAAAGCGACACCAACGUAUUCACUCUGGAGACAAGCCUUACGGAUGUGAUCAGUGCGGAGUGGCUUUUGCCCGGCAAAGUGGUCUAAUUCGUCACCAACGUAUUCACACUGGGGAAAAGCCUUACAGAUGUGAUCAGUGCGGAGUGGCUUUUGCCCGGCAAUGUCAUUUGAUGAGUCACCAACGUAUUCACACUGGAGACAAACCUUACAGAUGUGAUCAGUGUGGAGCGGCUUUUGCACAACAAGGUCAUUUGACAAGACAUCAACGUAUUCACACUGGAGACUGUUAA